GUGAUCGGUGACGCUACAUCAAUGGAUUUCUUAGAAUUAGACGGAUAUCCGAUUCCGUUGUGGACCCCGAUAUAUUACUUCAAUCAAGCCUUCUUCUAUGUGACCGCAUCAGUAAAAGCCGGUUUUCACUAUUUCAGUGCCACUGGCAGUUACACGGUAUUUGUCAGCGGCAGUAAAAAUGGUGCUGCCUAUGGAUAUGUUGCUGCUUAUAACAGUAAGUUCGUUACUCGUCUUUAUCUUUUAUGA